GAAACGUCUUGCUUGGGGUACGUCUGGUAAUUUUAAGAAACCAGAAGAAAAAGCCUCCCAUCAGUCAACCACACAUUGUUUGGCUUGUUUUGAAAGUGAAAUCAAUCACACCAAUCUCACCACAGUGAAGUGAAAACCCCGAAUUUUACUUUGAUCCAGUUAGAGUAGGCGUGUUUUAGUGAAUUGUUUUGUGUUUUCGCCACCAAAAAAAAAUAACAAAAUGUCCACCGAUGAGCAGGAUUUGGCCGCAUUGCAGCUGCCGGACGACACCGGAUUAACUAAGUCGCAGAAGGUGGCCGUAGUGGCAGCUUGGAGCAUUGUGAAAAAGGAUAUGAUAACACAUGGGCGGAACAUAUUUAUACGUUUCUUCGAAGAAAAUCCCAAGUAUGUGACGUAUUUUGAUUUCUCGCAGGAUACUGAAGCGACGGAGCUGAAGGACAACAAAUCCUUGCAUGCGCACGCUCUGAACGUAAUGCAACUGAUCGGAGCAUUGAUCGACUAUGGGUUAGAUAAUCCAGUGAUGCUGAAAUGCAGCUUGGCUAAAAUGUCGCGGAAUCAUAAAAUGCGCGGCAUUUUGAAAAAAGACGUUGUGAUUGUCUGCGAAGUUAUUAAAAACUACUGCCUGGAAGCGUUGGAAAGUCACCGCUCGAAAACUUUAGAUGAAGGAUUGACCGCUUUCCUGGAGAGUAUUGUGAAUGCUUUCGAUUGAACAUCCCAGCAUAAUUAUUGUUUAAAUAUAAGGUGUUUGACUAAUAUAAAGAUCCUUGUAAUAGCAGUCUAUGUUGUAUUAGUAUAUAUUGCAUAGCCACGCACACAGGGUUUAAACCCCUCGUAAAGGCGGAACAAACUAAGCAGGGGCGAAAUAAAUUUUACAAUGCAAUGUCUUGAAUUAAGGCAAUGCCAGUAAAUUUAUAACAGUGCUUUCGAGUAAAAAAUUAGGUUAACACAGUGUUAGUCAUUAGUAAUAUAGUGAAUAACAAAACUGUUAAAGUCGA